UGGAAGCGCGGAGGAGGCCCAGCGGAGCGGAGUCAUGGCGUCGGAGCGAACGGCGGCCCGGCUCAGCCUGAAGGAGCAGCGCUACGACCGGCAGCUGAGGUUAUGGGGUGAUCAUGGACAAGAGGCUUUAGAAUCUGCUCACGUUUGUGUAAUAACUGCAACAGCCACCGGAACAGAAAUACUUAAAAACCUAGUUCUACCAGGUAUUGGAUCUUUUACAAUCAUAGAUGGGAAUCCAGUCACUGGGGAAGAUGUUGGAAACAGCUUCUUCCUGCAAAGAAGCAAUAUUGGUCAAAAUCGAGCACAAUGUGCCACAGAACUGCUGCAAGAGUUGAAUAAUGACGUCUGUGGAAAUUUUGUGGAAGAGAACCCAGAUAAACUUCUAGACAACGAUCCUUCUUUUUUCUGUCGGUUUAACGUAGUGAUUGCAACUCAACUCCCAGAAAGUACGUUGCUCAGGCUAGCUGAUGUCCUCUGGAAUUACAACAUCCCUCUGUUAAUUUGUAGGACUUACGGACUAAUAGGCUAUAUGAGAAUUGUUAUUAAAGAACAUCCUGUUAUAGAAUCUCACCCUGAUAACGCCUUGGAUGAUUUGAGACUGGACAAUCCGUUUCCAGAGCUGAGACAACAUAUUCAGUCUUACGAUUUAGAGCAUAUGGAAAAGAAGGAACACAGCCACAUUCCAUGGAUUGUGAUUGUAUCCCAGUAUCUAGAAAAAUGGUGUAAUGAGAAUAAUGGUCAGAUACCUAAGAACUACAGAGAAAAGGAGGCCUUCCGGGAGAUGAUUAAACAAGGAAUUUUAAAGAAUGAAAAUGGAAUCCUGGAAGAUGAGGAAAACUUUGAAGAAGCCAUUAAAAAUGUAAACACCGCUGUAAUUGCUACAAAGGUACCAGGUUGUAUUGAAGACAUUUUCAGUGAUGAUCAUUGUAUCAAUCUCUCACAGCAGACUCCAUCUUUUUGGAUUCUGGCUCGAGCCGUAAAAGAAUUUGUGAGCAAAGAAGGUCAAGGAAAUUUACCCGUCAGGGGUACAAUUCCAGAUAUGAUUGCAGAUUCGAGCAAAUUUAUCAGCUUGCAAAAUAUAUACCGUGAUAAAGCCAAGAAAGAUGCCGAAGCUGUGUCUAAUUAUGCUGCAAAGCUGUUGCAGUCAGUUGGCAAAGCACCAGAAUCCAUUUCUCAAAAAGAAUUAAAAUUGCUUUGCAGUAACUCAGCAUUUCUUCGCAUAGUACGAUGUAGAUGUCUUUCUGAAGAAUAUGGACUGAAUACUUCAAACAAAGAUGAGAUCACUUCCCAUAUGGAUAAUCCAGAUAGUGAAAUGGUGCUGUACCUCAUGUUACGAGCUGUGGACAGAUUUUUUAAACACAAUGGUAGAUACCCUGGGGUUUAUAACUAUCAAGUGGAGGAUGACAUUGGAAAACUGAAAUCUUGCCUUAAUAGUUUUCUUCAGGAAUAUGGAUUGCCUGUAACAGUCAAAGAUGAUUAUGUCCAUGAAUUUUGUCGAUACGGAGCUGCCGAGCCACACACCAUAGCAGCAUUUCUAGGAGGAGCUGCUGCUCAGGAAGUUGUGAAAAUCGUUACCAGGCAAUUUGUAAUAUUUAAUAACACCUACAUUUACAAUGGGAUGUCUCAGACCUCAGCAACGUUCAAACUAUAAACCAACCCAACUAUGUUGUUGGAAUCUCUAACUGCUUUUGAUUUGCAUUCUGUUCCAUUAAAAAGAAUUGCUGAAAAGAAUGUAUAAUGCCAGUUCCUUUCUUUGUAUUAUUUUUGUCUUUCUAAUUUCUUUCAAAUUGUAAUAAAGAAUGUAUCUUGACACUGGAA